UCUCACUGCAGUUGCACCGUUAGCGUCCCGCGAUUGUGUUUAUAUUUUGGUAGUGUGCACCCUUCUAGGUUUUUCCCGAGUUUCUUUGGAUCCCCAACGCUUGCCCCAAGGUUCCUCUCUCGACAGCGAUUCGAAAAAUGCACACUAUUUGUUAUAAGGUUACAUAAGUGCGUGUAACCGAAGCAGUUUGCCUCUAAGAGAUUGCUGUACUCCGAUCUACGUAUUGCAGCUACUCGGCGAGAGCUGCGUAUAGUACACAAUAGUUUCGAUUCCGUCACAUUUGGCACGGUAAGCACACAUAAAUUGUGGAACCCAGCACAAUUGACAGAGCCCCCGGACACAAACCAUUGGUUUAAGCACACCAAGCUAGUAAUAGUCUUUAGUUUAGAGCCGCCAUGCUGUGCGCCCUUGUCCGUGGUCCAACCACCGGCCACAAGUUGGUCCUGUAUCGCUCCGUGGCCGAGCUACUUGGCCCAGUGCACGACAUUCGCUGCCUGUCCGCCGGAAGAGGCGUCUAUCAGCGGCAGUCCCGGUCGCAAUCGCAGUCGCAGUCACAGCUCCAGAACCCAGCCCACCGUCCAGACCUGCUCUCGCUUUCCCGUCCAGCAUUAAGUUCGAAAUUGUCUGUGCGGAGCCUUCACUCAGAGAACGACGCCAUGUUCUACUCGAUGUACGCCUACCUGUCCAACCUGCCGCGCCUCCAUGUUUUGGGCAUGGCUGUGGUGGCCUACGUCGUCUAUUACCUUAUCCAGGUGGUCAAGCGACCGAUAAUCGCAUGUUCGGACGGGCCGUUCAAGCAGUAUCUGAUCCGGAAGGUGCCGACGCUGGAGAACAAGUACUGGCCCACCUUUUGGUGUGUGGAGAGUCGUGCCCAGACCGUCCUUGCGAGCCUGCUGCGCUCCAAGAGUCUGCCGCGCGUCAACUACCGCCGUGAGAUACUCUCGCUGAAAGAUGGCGGGGAGGUGGCCCUGGACUGGAUGGAGGAGGGCUGCGACCAGAGUGCUCCAUGCAUACUCAUCCUACCGGGUCUGACCGGUGAGUCGCAGGCGGAGUACAUUAAGUGUCUCGUCUUCGCCGCCCAGCAGGCUGGCAUGCGAGUGGUGGUGUUUAAUAACCGCGGACUCGGCGGCAUAGAGCUGAAGACACCGCGUCUCUACUGCGCCGCCAACUGCGAGGAUCUGUGCGAGGUCGUCCAGCAUGUGCGACGCACUUUGCCCGAAAAAUGCAAGCUGGGAGCCACUGGGAUCUCAAUGGGCGGCUUGAUUCUGGGCAAUUAUUUAGCCCGCAAGAGCGACGAGGCCAGGAGCUUCCUUUCGGCUGCAAAGAUAAUAUCUGUCCCUUGGGACGUCCACAAGGGCAGCGCUAGCAUCGAGAAGCCAGUGAUCAACAGCCUGCUGGGACGCCACUUGGCUGGAAGCCUAUGCCGAACCUUGCGCAAUCACCUGGACAUCUACAGGGAUAUUUACCAGGACUCUGACAUUGAUAUUCAGCGCAUUCUGCGCUGCAAGACGAUCAAAGAGUUCGACGCGCUUUUUACGGCUAAGCAGUUCGGAUAUGCCCAUGUGAAUGACUAUUACUCGGAUGCCACGUUGCACAACAAACUCGAUCACAUUUCGGUGCCGCUGCUUUGCCUGAGCGCCGCCGAUGAUCCGUUCCAGCCACUGGAUGCCAUUCCCAUCAAGGCGGCCAACCAGUGCACCCAUGUGGCCAUCGUGAUUACGGCUCGUGGCGGGCACAUCGGCUUCCUCGAGGGCUGGUGGCCGUCCACCAAAGACCAGUACAUGGGCCGCCUCUUCACGGAGUACUUCACCAAGGCGCUGUUCGACGAGGAUGGCGAGUUCCAGCACACGGCCAACAAGAUGCACGAGCGAUUCUUGGCCAAGCAGACGGUGGCGCUGGCCUCCUCGUCACCGGUGCUGUUCGCCAAGAAGAUCGACGCCGAUCAGUUGGACCACAAGGUCAAGCUGAUGUGAAGCUGGUCGGUCGGUCGGUCGGUCGGUCGGUCCGCUAGUCUAGUUCAGUUUUUGUCCAGUUGAACACGUAGAUAUACGAGAAUGUUUGUAUUCCGAUAGAUUGCCGUCGGCGAAGACUCUUGUACACAUGUGAUAUGAAACGUUGAUCAAAAUCCAAAGUGUUGUUAUACUUAUAUACAGCGAACAGGGAACCAAAUUAUCAGUCAGUCAAUAUGCAUAGUUGCUUAAAUUACUCUUAGAUCGUGACUUUAGUGACAUAUCAGGUUGAAAUUGCAAAUAAGCUGUACGAUUCGUAGUAAAUUCAAAUACAAAUUACAAAUUAUGACACAAUGCAAUAAUCUUAUAUUUUUACAAGUUCCGUAUAUUUAUAACUAAUAAAAAUACAACGCUUAAUAGAGAG